AUGAGCGGGAUUGAAUUCCGGAAGCUAUGCGACCAAAACAUAAGCAGAUUCGAGGCAGCAUUCCGAGCAGCGGCAGGUGAAGGUGUGCCGCCCCUCGAAGUUACACUGGCAGAAAGAGAAGCUGUAGACUCCAGUCAACUCAACAACUUGUUCAUCGAAAGUCCCAGAAGACAACCUCCGAGAGCGCGUAAGCCUCCUGUAGUGCAGUCAGACUCAUCUUUGUCUUCUUCUGAGGAAGCAGAGUUGACGGAUGACUCAUUAUUCGAUGAGAUCACGAUGACCUCAAAGAAGACAAAGCACAAGUUAACUAGUGCAGAUGGCACUGGUACUGAGCGCCGGCCACGUCGAAAGUCAGCUCAGUCAGCCAGUGAAGCACUGAAACGUGCUACAACCACUCCAAAGCGGAAGUCAGCUACUAAGCCGAGCCCAGCUAAGCCUUCGCCAUCGGAAUCAAUUCCACAUUCUCGAACCGGACAUGUCGACCCGGUCCCCACGCAGCGGAGGGCGAGUACCACCAGUGAGCUUGCAAGCGCCGCUACAGGUUCUGCCAAUAUAACUCCGGCCCGCGCAAAUCCCGGUACUGCGAAGAGAUCAGUCUCAUUUACUACGCAGGUCAGUCCUAGUAAUAUCACAUCCGAUACAGGAAAGAAUGGCGCCAUCAAGUUCACGAACCAACCGAAACCUCCGCCUCGCCAGAUCUCUGAAUUGAACAAGACCCAUUUCCGCAACCUUAAAGGACGAGGGGCGGCGAAUAAGAAGUCUGCCAGGGAGGGUACACCUGAUCCUUCGGCUCUACAGAUUGUCAACGCCCCACCCGGUACCACUAUCUCGCUCCCGCGCGCACCACGCGAUGAUCUAUACGGUCGUCGUGAGCCUAGCCAUAGGCGACCCACAGAAGACUCCAACAGCGACGUUCGCCCAAGCCGACAGUCUACUGACGUUCCCGAUGUGCGAAUUGAUCCUGAGAAGCGGCCGGAGUUCAAUGGUGGAGAAAGUCAGUCUGGAGACAAGUUCACCAAGAAAGCGUUGGCCCCGAACCAACUUACGUGCUGCGCAGUCAGUAAGCUCGACUUCGAAGACAUGUUUGCGACCAACGAUGGUGAAACAACCAUCGAUCCGGUAGAAAGGAGGGCUUUCUUGUUCUUUCACCCUGAAGAUCACUUUGUGGAGUUUGAAAUCAUCACUCGAUGGCUCUUGAUGCAUCAUGUCCAAGUCAGCAGUGCGAGCUAUGCAGGCGGAUGGGCAGAUUUUCAGCAACAAAUCCUGAAAGGAGGCACGGGUAUUAUCAUCGCACAUCCCGACUUUGAGUACUUCACAAGUAUCCCCGGAUUCGGCCAAGUCCUCCGUAGAGGAGUGCGUCUCUGGUCGGUCGGGCUCCAACCAGGUAUCGAAUACGACUAUGCUUCAGAUGAGACACCUGUGCUCCGGAAUGAUCGCAUUGAGAUAUUUCCUGUUGGUGGAUUCAUCUACAUCACGGACGAAGUCUUCGAAGCGAUGCCAAAAUAUGCGCUGUGUAUCAUCAAGCUCUUCUUGGCGAAAAUCAAGAAGCUCAAGGAACUCGCAGGUCCAUCAGCUCAUUGGCCAGAGAUCGUCGAGAACAGCCUGCUCUGGCGUCUGUGUGUCCGUCCGGAACUGAUGGAGCAUCUGUUUGCCUACUGUGAAGAUCAAGCAACAGAGCUCCAAGCUGGGGAUCUUGAUGUACAGAGUGCCGCAAAGCUCUACUCUCUCCUCACAAACCCCAACUACAUCGAGCAAGACAGUCCAGACGCCCCCUUCAGCCUAAAAGCCGAUAAACACCCCAUCCUCUCCGAGCGCCGUGCGAUCGCAGAAUGCGAACCUGUCGACUACUUCAACACGCUCAAACGUAGCCAGCAAGCCGCGAAUCUGAACAUGAUACGCUACUACGCCGGACUGCAAGUCGAUAUGCGCCGCGACUACCGCCACUUCUACGUCGUGCACACCGAACCGACAGCAUCGUAUGUGAAGGAGUGGAAGCAGGAGAUACAGACUAUCGCCGAAGUCAUCACACCUGAACAGUGUGUCAAGGAGCUUAAGAAGAGUGGGCAGGAUAGUAUGUUUAACUUCUUUGAGGACGUGAUGGCAGGGGAUGUGGGUGAGAAGGGAGCGGACAAGGACGGUGACGCGACGCGCACGGGCUAG